AUGGAGAUUCUCAAAAUCAUUACCAUUAAUUCACUCUCUUUUGCUUUCUUCUUCUUAUAUUUAUUCUCUUGUUUUAAAUUUACAUCUUCAGAUAGAGCGGAAUUGCCCAUUCUUGUGUUCAGUUGGUGGGAUGAUAAGAAUACGUUCCAUGCCGGUGAGACUGCAGCCGUAAAGGUGAAAGUUCUUGAGCGUGCUGAUAUGAUUGAUAAGAAAGGUUUCAAACCUAUUGUAAGUGUUAAUGGGAAAGAAGGGAACAGUUCUUAUGUGUCUACUAUGUUGUUGACUUUCAAAGGUAAACCCAGUGAUGAUUGGAAGAUCUAUUUCACUCCCAUAAAGGUUGGAGUGUUCAAUGUAUUCAUCAAAGAUGACUAUUAUCAAGUCUAUGACUCAUCCUUGCAUUUUCAAGUUGAACCAGGGAAUAUGUACCCUUCUGUGUGCGUUGCAUCAUGGAAUGGCAUGAAACAUGAGUACGAAGCUGGUGCAAAAGCUACCAUCACGGUACUCCUCAAAGAUGCAUUUGGGAACAGUAUCUCUAAUAACAAGACAACUCAAGUGUCUUAUUUGCCUGACUUUAAGUUGUUUGCGCUAUAUGAAAAUAAUGGUUCUAUUGCUAGUAUGCCAGACAUAUCCAAUAUUGGAUGGAACGAGUUUGAUUAUGUUAUCAUUGAGUUUCUUGUUAUUAAAGCUGGAAAAUUCUCACUGUACAUAGAAGGAGGGAAUCAAACCUUGAAUGGCUCUCCAUUACCAUUGAAAGUGAAUUCAGGACCUGUAGAUGUUUCUAAAUGUGUUGCCAAAUGGAACAUUGAUUCACAUGCAUGGCAAUUGUCUUCUAAGAUGGAAAUCUUCAUUCAUCAAUUAGAUCAGUAUGGGAAUCUAGUUUCAGGGUUGUAUCCUUUCGAUGCCGAAGUCGUCCAAAGAGAUACAAACUUGUCAAUACCAAUAUCAGAUCAACAUUUUGAAGAAGUGGAAGCUGGAAUUCAAUUAUUUUCAUUUGGAAAUUGGGAACCGGGAAAGUUCCUCUUAACAUUAUAUGAUGCCAAGCAUAACAAAAGCAUUUCCAAUAUGCCAUAUGCUUAUUCUGUUUUUGUAGGUUAUUGUGAUGGAAUAAAAAGUAUUGUUAAUGGAUCUGGUUUGAAUGAUUCAGUAGCUGGCAUAAAGCAAGAAUUCUCUGUUUAUUUAAAUGAUGUUUAUGAAUAUCCUUCUCCUGUUGAAGUAGACAUAGUUGAAGUACAAAUUCUAAAAGAAAAUGACUCGUAUAGUGUUUCUCCAUUCAUUUAUCCCAUCCUAACUAAAAAUGAUACUGUGUCAAUUUCAAGAGUGCAACAAUAUGGUUUUAUCAGUGAGAUGAAUGUUGCCCCUUCCCCUUCAAUGGACCUUAAUAACAAUAUUAACAGGAGUGAAAGCUCUAUAGCUAUGAGUGCCUUCCAUGUAGAUUACACACCUGAGAAAAGUGGUUUUUAUGAUAUACAUGUAUAUUGUGGAAAUGUCUUAUUGAAUAAGGGUCAUACACUCAGAAAAGAAGUAAAAGCAGGUGAAGUUAAUGGUUCCUUGUCAAAUGUGGUCAAGUUUUCUUCUAAGGUGGCAAAGAUGUCAGAAAAUGAAAUACAAGUGCAGCUUAUGGAUUCAUUUUCAAACCCUGUUCUUGCACAACAAUCAAGGUUGAAGUUGGAGACUACUUCAGCUAACAAAUCUCUUUUUCAAACUUUGGACAUUAAGGAUAACAAGGAUGGUUCAUACAAUUGUAGCUAUAUGGCUAAAGAUGUUGGAACUUAUGAGAUUUGUGCUUCCUUUGAUGGCAAGGAUAUUCUGCCAUGUCCCUUCAGUAUCAAUGUGUAUAGCAGUGAGUAUUUUCCCAAAGCCAACAAUGAUAUAGUAUCUGUUUGGGAGGAUCAAUCAAUUGCCAUUGAUGCUUUAGCAAAUGAUUACUUUGCUGCUGAUAAUGCAACUAUAGUUCAAUUCUUAAAACCAGACCAUGGUUCACUUCUACAGAAUGGAAGGAUGUUUCGUUAUACUCCAUAUAAAUAUUAUUAUGGAAAUGAUUCAUUUUGGUACACAAUAUCUGAUGUGAAUGAAAACCUUGCUAAUGCUUAUGUAAACAUAUCUGUUCUUAAUGUUCCACCACAAUUUGCUUCUGUUCCAAGUGAACUACAAGCAACAGAAGAUUUGAUAUGUCCUAGGUUUGGUGGCUUCUCUGGGUUUGAGAUAGCAUAUUCAAAUCCAAUAGAGAAUAUUUCAGUUAAUUUGAGUGCACAAUUUGGAAGUAUACUUUUGUUUCCUAUGGUGAUGCAAUUUGGACAAGCAAUGUGGAAUGAACUUACCAUAAAUUCAGGGAAUGAAACUGCAAGCAGUUUGCAACUACAAGGCACUGUGGAAGUAAUUAAUUAUGCUCUUCACUCAAUUCAGUAUCUGGGAAAUGAGAACUUUUAUGGUGGAGAUAUUAUUCAGGUUUCUGCUAAGAAUAAGAAUGGAAUGAAUUCAUUGGGUGUUCCCAUUUUCAUUGACCCUGUCAAUGAUCCUCCAUAUAUUAGAGUUCCCAACUUCAUUGUAUUGAAGAGUAAUGAAGAUGAGACCCUUAUUUUUGACAAAGAGAAAGAUAAGUUCAACUUUUCCAUUGGAGAUCCUGAUCUUCCUAAUUUCCCUGGAGGUCAAAGUAAUUUUAUGUUGACUUUCUCUAUGGAAGUAAAUGAUGGUUUAUUAGUAACAAAUCUUCCAUCUAACUUGAUCAACACAACUGAAGUGAAGCACAAGGAUAGUUAUCAAUGGCAGCCUCUUCAGACAUAUGUUACAAUCUCAAAGCAUUUCAUGGUCAAAGCUACUGGAAUCAGAUUUCAGGGCACAGUCAACGACUGCAAUGGUGUUAUGGAGCAACUGUUUUUUCAUGGUGGUGAGCAUGGAGGUGUUCUGACAUUGACAUUGAAUGACAUGGGAAACCAUGGAUGUUAUCCUAAUUGUGCAGAGGGAAUGUCAAUGCCUUUAUAUACUGAGGCUAUGGUUAUUUUAAUGAGAAAGCAACUAAUGAGUUCAUUUGUUGCUCAUAGCUUAGGAUCAAUCAUUGUCAUUGAAUUUGUUGUCAUGUUCUCACUCGGAGUGCUGCUUUUAUACUUCACAUGCAAAUGUGCAAUUCUCCUUUUACAUGAAAGAAGAAAUCGUCACAAAAGCAUGGUGGCAAGUCAACAAUUGAAAUCCAGCAUGCCUCAAACUCAACAUUUAAGCAUUUUGUAGUGCAUUUGUUACAGGUUGUUAAUCAAAAUAAACACUAUUAGUAACUGAUUCUAUGAGUUGUUGAAUAUAUUAUAUAUAUCUUCAAUACAUA